AGAGGAGCUGACAGUCAGUCUACACUGAGCCCUGCUGGAUAGUAGCUGUGAGAACCUGAGCCCUGAGCCUCUUGUAACUCCAUCCUACUACAUACAGCCCACCAUGGAUGUCAAAGUACUGGCUGUGUUGGCCCUACUGGCUGUGGCCAUGGAUGUACCUCUCUCUACGGCUAAGCCCAUCAGCCUGGUAGAGAGGUGCUGGUGUCGCUCCACUCUGAACACCGUCCCUCAGAGGAGCAUCAGAGAGCUCAAGUUCCUUCACACACCCAACUGCCCUUUCCAAGUCAUUGCCAAGCUGAAGAACAACAGGGAGGUGUGCAUUAACCCCGAGACCAAAUGGCUGCAGACGUACCUGAAGAAUGCCAUUAACAAGGUGAAGAAGUCCAGAAGACGUGCUCAGUAAAGGAGACACACCAUCCUGACCGGCCUGCAGUGCCCCAGUUCCAGGCCAGCUCUCCUCCUCAUCCUCCUCCUCCACUACUCAGAUAUGUAACUCUGUAGCUACACGUCUCUGCUCUGGAACACUCUGGAACGCUCUGGAACAUUCUGGAACGCUUGCAAAACCAGCACUUCACCGCCAGACAGACCAUGAUGCCUUGCUGCUGCUGCUGACCCCACAGCCACCCUGCCCCCCACACUGCAGACACCUCUCCUCACGCUGUUAGCACCAAGUGCAUAUAUCUAAUUAUAUCGGAAUGUGUGAGUACGUGUGUAAAGAGUGUGUGAGCGCAGUGUGUUUUAUUUUGUGUGGUUGUUCUUAGUGUGUGUGUGUGUGUGUGUGUGUGUGUGUGUGUGUGUGUGUGUGUGUGUGUGUAUCUGAACUGAGUGUGUAAGUGUACGUCUGUAUAUAAAGUAUUUUUCCUACUUUUAUAAGAGGCAGUAAAGGGACAUUUAAAGUUAAUACACCCGGCUCACCGUCUCAAAUGUGCCCAGCAAAGGGCUUGUGGGUAUCACCAGGGGUGGGCUCUGACUGAGGGGUCAUAGGAUAGGAACAGGAAUGAGCCGUCCAAUGGCUUGAGCCCACUCUGUAAGAGGCGACCAAUCAGGGCUGGUCAAACAUUCAUAACAGGGGAAAUAGAUAGUCACCCUUAACUGAUCCAAGGUCAGAUGUUGUUGAAUCCCUGAUGGUUAAGUCUAGGAUGGUAUGGAAGGAAAUCUUAGAUCUGUGGUUAGGGGCAACUUCUAUGUCAAGCCUUAACAAGAAUUCCAGUCUAGCCGAGACAAUGGAGAUCCUCAAACGAUAACAAAGGACAUGCAUUGAUUCAGGUGUUUCAACUCUGGGGAUCAGAAGACAUUAGUUUGAACUGAUACAUGUCUUUUCAGGAAGCGAGGCUGUGCACUGAAUCACAUGGAGUUUCCAUUCACCAGAACAGACCAGUGAAGAGCCGAAUCAGACGAUGCGUACGGGCCGGUGGUUUCUAACCUCUCCUCGGGGACCACCAGGCGUUUCACAAUUUAGUUGUAGCCCAGAACUAACUCACCUGAUUCACCUAUUCAAGGCUGGUUAGUUGACAAGUUGAAUCAGGUGUGCUAGCUGUGGAAUAGAUCAAAUACAUGGAACGCCUGGGGGACCUCGGGGAGAGGUUUGAAAACCCCUGCUGUAAUAAAGGGGAAGUUAUCUGUUGUAAUAAAGGGGAAGUUAUCUGCUGUAAUACAAGCCAACAGCCUUUAUUGGAGGCAGACAAUUCUGUAUUACAGUUCAGUCCUGUGCCGAACAGGAAAGCCCACACAAUUAGAAGUAACUUAAGCAACUCAGCAAAAGCCAAGGGUUGUAAGAACGAUGGCCUUGUAGGAUAAGAUUGUAAUGCAAAACAGGGAUAAAACCCCAUAUCAAUGCAGCUUUUUAUACAGUUUGUGUGAAUGUAAUGUUGUCCGUUGCUGUAGUCUAGGCUGUAAGGCAUUGAAUGAGACACCAAGUCAUUUUUCAACAACACAAGCGAUGUGAGAUUCAUUUACCUCAAUAUUCUGGUUAUUUACCAACAAAUACUGGCGUAAAAUAAUUGCAGUAAGAUUCAUUACAUACAUUUCUAUACAGGAUCACAUUGUCGGAUUAUUGGAUUUCACUCAUCAAUUGCAUAGGAGCUCACUUUAGGCCGACUCCAUAGUUAUAAACCACCACAUAUCCUGAGGCAGGAUUUUAAAGCCAGUAUACAGCCACCUGUUACUAUACUACAGUAUUGACUAUCACAUUGAAACUGAAUGUUGCUGAACUGGGGGCGAAAGAAAGUUAUUCUACUUUGAUCGUUGAGCCACUUUAUGACUUUAAGUCUUUUAAAUUGGUAUUUUUACUGUAAUGAUUUUUAUUUUUGUAUAUUUUAUAUAUUCUAAGAUAAUGAGAUGUAACACAGUAUUUGUAAGUACAUUUAAGCAGUAUUAGAUGAAGGCAUAACCAUAGAGUACUGUAUCCCAACCGCAGUACUACUGUAUUUUUAUACAUUUAUCACUUUUCCAAAAACGUUUAUUUGCAAUAUCAUAAAAAAACAUGUUAUGUGUCUAUUAACUUCAUUUGGUGCAGCUGCAACAUGUUGAAGUUAACGUAAUAAACAUUUAUAGUCCCCCAGAUUAAAUUGUGGCGGCAGGUCUAGAUUGAACAACAACAGAAUAUUAUAGAGAUACAGGGUUCAUUGCCAUAGUUUCCCAUGAUUCAAUCCUCCCUUGGGGAGGUUUAUUCUAAUCAACCAAUAAUCUGACGCCUUUCAUCCACUGAUGCAAGAUGGGCAAAAUCUAAUAAAUCCGGAAUGUAACGCAACGUACUGAGAUACUUUAAAACAAACAUUCCUGUUGUCAUUAGGAUAUCUCAGCUCAGGCCGAUUCUAAUUCAGAUUCAGCUCAGGCAGACGUCAAUUAAUUCUUCAUUAGGACCCCUUAGAACACAAUGUUGUUGGGAGUCUGUUCUAUUUCUCCUGACAGCAUUCCACAGAGUUUAAAAUAUGAAGUGCCAAUAGUACCACUGAGCCAAGACAGAGAACAAUACAUUUAAGUAUGAGCCAGGGGACCCACACAUGUUUUCAAUCAAGCCCCCCCCCUCCCAGAUAUAGCCAUUCCUCAAUGAUGUGGGUUUCUAUACUGUUUUACUGUUGCCAUUGUUUUUCUACUGUCAAAAUAGAGCUCCAGGUCCAUUCAAAUCUCCAGGCAUCUCAGUCUGUGAGCUGAGUGCAGGUGUUUUGGUCCAGAGGUUAUUAAGUAUCUGUAUCACAUCGUUGUAAGGUUUGUCAUAAAGGAAGGGGAUUUGGUGAUUAUUUAAGUGUUUGAGAAGCAUUCUGUUCAAUGCCAUGCUGCAGUUAGAUCCACAACCAAACCAAACAACAUGGCUGUUACCAUUUGACUCAUCAUAUCUGUUAUUUGGACCACAUGUGCAGAUAAAUCCUUGCAUAAAGCAGUAACAUCCCAAGUGGAAAGGUGUUUUGUCAGAAGUGUAUGUGUUCUAUAUGGGUGCUCUCCCCAGACAAUGUGAAUGACAUGUUACAACGUUCAAUUCUUUUGAGGCAGCUUACGACACACGUAUCCUUCAUCUACGAUGGAUUGUUUCAUUCAACUCUGUAUGUUCACUGUUUGUAUAAACCAAGGGGCAAUAUGAUCCCUAUAUGAUACUCACCCUCUUUUUCAAUAAACAUAUCAAAUAAAA